CUUUUUGUUACGCUGCACCAAAGAGUGUGCAAAACAUUUAUAUCAUGGCGUCAAAUAACGAGUUUUUAACACAGGAGUCUGCAGAUUUAUUGAUAGAUAUUCAGGAUGAAGGUCUUUUAGAUGAAGAAUUUAUUAUUGCAAAUAUUGUAGAUGUUGGAGAGGAGUCAACACCAGGCAGUUUUAAGUGCGACGACUGUGGGAACAUUUGUAAAUCAAAAGGGGGACUUACUCGUCACCGAAACUGUAAACAUUUACAACUAAAAGAGACCUUUGAUACAAGUAGAAAUACAAUGAGUAGCAUAAUACUAAGUGAUUUAGUUCUGGAGUCACAAAAAAAUCUAUCUGAGGAUAACUAUUACAACUUAACUCGACGAGAAUGUUUCAAGUGUUAUAACUUCAUAUUAACAGAAGCACUUUACGCAGAUGUAAAAAAGAUUUAUGACAUUUUGAUUAAUACAAACAAUGCAGAGAGUUAUUAUUCCAGCUUUUAUAAUAAAAUAGUAAUCAAUGCAGAUGUUUACUUUCCUGAAUUAGGAAAACCCAAUAGUACUCUUUUAGCAACACAACUGGCUGACAAGGUGCUUGCAUACUUCAAAAGAAUGCCCAACAAGGAAGCAAAACAAAUAAAAAAUAUAACAAAUGAUGAAAUUGGUGCCUUGCAAUAUCUGGCUGGGUAUGUUGUCAGAAAGUUCAUUAAGAAAUCGAAAAAUAGCCUGAAUUAUAAAUCCAAUGAAAAUCAAGAUAUAAUAAAAAUAUUAAAUAACGCUAUUAGCAAAAAUUCUACAGAUCAGGAAUUGAUUGAGGCACAAAAUCGUGGUGGACUAACAGCUGUUAAUAAUGAAUGCCAGCAAAUAUUUGUAAAAGCUGAAAUUCAAUUUCAAAAUGAAACAAAUAUUAAUCAUUUGCAAGAAAUUGAUAUUAACAGGAUGACUAUGGAACUACUGAAAGAUACAGAAGUAGUGACCUUUUAUAACUCUAUCUUAACAGGAUGCGGAGUUGACAUUGAUAAUGAUGUUAGUAAAAACCUUUUAGAAAAUAUGGUCAAACUUUAUUUUCGAGUGCGAGCAUUUUCUUUGGCUAAAGACAUUACCACCAAAUAUAAACUAAAAUUGAAACAAAAAAAUAAUAAGGGUGGUCUUCGUAAAACUCUUAAAAAACAAUCCAAUAAGUAA